GCGGCCCCGCGGACACCGGAGUGGAGCCUCCCUCUGAUGCGACGGCACACUUUCAUACUGGCUCUCACCAGCAUCGGGAUGGGGGGGGAUGGCGAUUUAACGACGGAGUGUUGUUUACACUAACUGUACGAAUCUGCUUUUCCUGCUUCUUUUACCACGAUCCUGUUUUUUGAAAUAUGCUUUAAAACCGACGUUACAUGUUUUGUGAAUUGCGAGUGCUGCGAAGGUGCAACUACUGUGGAAAAAGAGAAAAUUGCGAUGCUGGAGGAAUUGCCUGAGCGAGAAAAUACAGCUGCGUAAUUGACGGCACCCAUUCCUGCACAACAGCGCAUUGUUCCGGGACCGCGGUCUCAUUUCGGGGAACCGUGUCAGCCUAUACUCCAACGGGAGUCUGCAGCGAUGAGGACACUGGCCGGGAGCACCUGAGGGAGGCGCUGACGAGGAAGGCAUGGAGGGCGGCCAGCCCGGGCUGCCCCUGGACGUGGCGAGUCCCCCGGCCACGGUGAGCGCCGGCGACGGCAGCGGCAAGCUAGAAAAUGGCAUCGCCCAGCUAAUCACAGCCGAGGCCUGGAACAUCAACCCUGGAGGCUUGGUGCGGAAGUCUCUCUCCCCUGUGGUGGCAGUCCCGGCACCCUCGUUGGUGGCCCCCGCUUCCGAAACCCCAGGGGGCAUGGCGCUCAAGGUGGCCACCACCGUCCUUCAGCCCAUCUGCCUGGGCGAGAGCCCCGUGGUGCUGCCCAUUCACCUGCAGAUGGCCGGCGGCACACUGCCCCCGAUGGGCCCGGCAGGGAGUGCGUCUUACCUCAUGGCCGGCCAGAGCCCUGUCCCCCUGCCGCUGGUCUUGGAGCAGCAGGUGUUCCAGCACCUCAACUCCCCCGUGCUUCAGCAGGGGGUGCCCUGCCCAAUGGCUCCCCUACAGGCCAGCAGCUUGUGUCCCAGUGCCCCCUUACCCUAUGCCCAGGCUCCGCCCCCAGACCAGAAACCCCCUGGGCAGGCCCAGGACCCAGGUCUCCUUCCCCUUCUCCAGAGCCCAGGCUUUGCUGCCAUUCUCCAGGACCUGUUCCCCUCCCAGAACAACCUGAACCCCCCCACAUGCCACCCCACGGCCCCUGCCCCAUCCGAACACUUCCCGUCUGCCCUCUUUCCCCCUCCGCCCCUGUCACACCUCUACAGCUCCCCGCUGUCCCCCCUGGUUCCACCAGCCACCCUGCUGGUGCCCUACCCUGUCAUCGUCCCCUUGCCUGUGCCUAUUCCCGUUCCCAUUCCAGUCCCCAUUCCCAUCCCACAGAACACAGAGUCCAAGGGUUUCAUGGACCCACCCAAACCAGCCUGCACUUCCACGAAAAGCACGCAGACUCACGCCAAGGGGCCUCCCAGCCCAUCUCAGGGCCAUGGCCUGGGGGCUACAGCACACCUCCCCCAGCUGUUGCCCCAGUGCUCCUUCGCCCUUCCUGAGGGUGAGGCCUUGGACCUCUCUGUAAAGACCGUGCCAAUCCAAACAAAGCGGGAAAUCCCCUUUCAGCCGGAUGGCAUCCUUGACCUUUCUGUGCCCGGCACAAGGAAGUCCUGCAUCCAGUCCUUCUUUGGCAGGGAGCUGCCAGCGAUGUACCCCGAGCGCAGCGCCUGCCAUGCAGGUGAGGAUGCCGCCGCCAGCCUUUCCCUGGAGGUGCUCCGGCCUGUGGACGGGAUGCAGAGGCUGGACCCCAAGCUCCUGAGCAGCCUGGCGUCUCUGGAGUUCAGCCGGCAGCGCAAGUGGCUGGUGGACGGUGGUGGCGGGAGGCCAGGCGGCGAGCCCAAGUGUGGCAUUGUGGCCGGCGCCGCGGGGGCCGGUGACUUUGAGAUCGUCAGCACGUCGCAGACAGCCAAGGUCAUCGUUUCGGUGAAGGACGCCAUGCCCGCCAUUUUCUGUGGCAAGAUCAAGGGUCUGUCUGGGGUCUCCACCAAGAACUUCUCCAUCCGGCGUGACGGUAACCAGGAGGCCCUGCUGCAGCAGUGCUAUGGGGCCCGUGUGCCGGGGGAACCUUGCAGCGCUGCAGACGCCCUCAAAAAGACGGCCAAAAGCAGGGCCAUCAAACUGAAAAAGGUCAACUCGCAGGAGAUACACAUCCUGCCCAUCAAGAAACAGCGGCUGGCGGCCUUCUUCCCCAGAAAGUGA